AUGGAAGAGGCUUAUGCUGGCCUACCUACUGUUUACAACUCCAGACGCAUGAUAAAGCAGAUUAAAAUUUGUUUAAAAUCGUUGCAAGAUGUGUCGAACCAGUCUAUCCCUUCUGUUCGGCCAUUGUUAACACGAAUUGAACUAUUUGGGAUCCUGACCUCAUGUUUGAACCUUUUUGAAGUGUCGUCAUCAAUAUGGAAAAUAAUGUUUACAAUAUCUGACAAUUCUGGAAGAUUUUUGGAUGCUUCGUAUGCUUUAGUAAACUACGCCCUUUCAAAAGUUUUCUCACACGAAGAAAACGUUUCGGUGUAUGAUAUUUUGAAAUCAGUUCGUAACGAGGUUCUAAUGGUUCUUCAAAAUAGUCAAGAGAUUCUGGAGUCCUCACAUGAAGCCUGUGUAACAGGUAGACUACCUACUCCACACGCACACUUCCAGUCAGUUAUUAUAUCUUUAGGAAGGGCUUAUAUCGAACACUAUUGUGAUUGGCCUGCUUUCUCUGCCCGUUUGGACCUUAUUCGACUGGAUCAUCUGGAGUUUUUCAAGGGGAAAUCGUGGGCUUCUGUGUGUGCUCGUGGCUACUUCUACUGGUUUCAUCUUCAUGCUCGCUGUAUAUUUGGUGGUAAUUUCGAACUACCCACUACCGUAGAUUGCUCAGAUACGUACCAAAAUUUUCCACCACCCUCUCUAUCCCCAUUACAUGCUGCAGCUGUUGUCCGUAUGCAUGGUCAAACCCUGGUAAAAUAUAUGCGUCAAUCUUGUGAUGAAAAGUUGCAGAGUCGCUACAGUUCUGAUAAGAAUAUUAAAUCUUCGACUGUUGAGGAAAAAGAAAACGAAGAUCCAGCCAGUAACCACAAUAAAGUAAAGUCUCCAUUUUCAGACCCAGAUUUAGCAACCACUGCUUGGUCGUCCACUUUAUUACCAGACAACGAAUUACUCAAUUUGUGGUUGGGGACAAGAUUACUUUUAUAUGGCUGUCGUCAAACAGCUGAAUUAUAUACUCUUCUGGGAGUUGUUAAAGAAGCUCGUGUGUAUCAAUUUGAAUUAUUAUGUAUCAGUCAGCGAUUCCAUUUAUGCAGUUACGCUCAAGUUGCCUUGAAUUUAAUAGCUCAUCAAGAUUUAUUUGCACAAAAUCGAUGGGCUUUCGAGUUACGUCUACGUCAAUUAAAGCAUAUUGCAAGAUGUCCAGUGUCCCUUGAAGAUAUAUCCAGUAAGAGAUUGGAACAGGUAGCCAGAACUAAUUCAAAAGUGAGGUCCAAUCCUGAAGGUUUUCGUGAGACUGAUGAGUCCGCUUUUAUUCGUUCAAAAACGUUCCCUAGUAGGUCUCUAUACAGUGGUGAUGGUGGCGAGAUGUUGCCUAAGAGAAUGAAUGAAGGGGAUUGCUUAUCACGAGAUGAAAUUUCUGAUGGAUCCAAUGUAUUACUAACUGGUGGUCAUAACAAACAUUUUAGUUCACUAUUUUAUGCCAGCCCAACUUGGCGUUCAUUUGCAGACAAAAAAGUCAAUGCAACCGAUAUGUUUCCCAGUGCUAUACAGAUUGGCUCAGCAAUUGCUGGGAAACGGCUAAUUCCAGAUUGGAAUUUAUGGUAUAACGAGGGUGUGUAUAUACCGGCUUCUAAACACUCUAUCUUCGAAAAUACGAGUUCCUCCUGUUUAAGUGUUGGUGGUUUACCAGUUGCAACCUGUGUCUGUUCCAUUCUCAACGGAGUAACGUGGCCUUGGUUAUCUAUCGUAACGCGUUUAGUCCGAAACAAUCUCUUAGCAGUAUCUCACUAUUUGCCUGCUUUAUACACUUUUGCACCAAAACCUACAAUUCCGUCUACGAAAGCUUGUAAUCAGGUAUGUGAUUUUAUAAUAUUUUUGAGUCGUCUUAUUUAUUUAUCUUGUUGCUUAACUUGUAAUUUAUCAGCAAAUGUAUGAAUGUUGUCUCUGCGUUGUGUACUUCGCGAUGAGUUAAUGUUAAAGUCAGGACUCCUACGACCUGUAACACCAUUCAUCAUGACAUGUUCUGAAACUGGGUUUCAGUUCAAUCGUCAAAUACAGUGUCGCUUUAAGUAGUUUUUUUUAUUGUUGGGAAAGCGACCGAGCACUUCAGUGUCAGUUCAGAUUUCUGUUUCAUACGACAGCAUAAUUUCAUUCUAGCAGUCUUUACGCAAAGUCUAUCACCUGGACCGCAUACAAUAACUGGGUGAAAGUCAAAUGUGACUCAAGGUCUGAUUUCUGAUAGAAAUAUUGCAUUUUUAAUCUUAACUACCUGCACUUUUAGCUUUACUGUUAAUCAAGUAAUGGGAGUAUUUUGGAUGUUAUACACUAGGAAAACGAAGUUGUCUUCAUUAAGAGAUUGUAGGGAUAGCUCCCAUCACCUUGUAGGUGCGAUUUCGAACUUUGUAGCAGAAUGUUGCUUCGUGGACGAGUAGUUGUCUGUUUCCACCCUGAUGAAUUAAAUCAUUAAAAAGAAUUACUCCUGAAAUACAUGACUCAGUGUCCGUGUGUGCCUGGGACUGAUUGGACGUAGAGGGGGGUAGACUAACUAAGAGUUUUAGUGUGGCAGAAGAGGUUGAAGUGUGAAGUCUGUUGCUCUGUUCAGUCUGUCUCUGUCUGUUUUCGACAUAGAACUUUGCACAAAUGUGCGGAAGUUCAAGUCGCCACAUUCCGUGUAGCACGCGAAGCAAGAGAAGAAAGUACAAGAAAAGCAUAAUAGAAACAGUGAGCAGAGGUGUGAG